CGUAAACCCGCCGCAACACAACUGCCAAGCGAAGCAGGGCAACACACACAAUCGCUCUCGUAAAGUGCGUCGCGCACGAUCGCGAAAGAUCCCGGGCGGUACGGUUCCGGCGUUGUUGGUACAGUGAAUGCGUGUGACGGAACACUCCUCUCCCCAGGCAAACUAUGGUUCAGUUUUUCGCGAGAAGGCAUCAUCGUCAACAUCAUCGGUAAAAUUACGGUCGCGUCGUUUGCGUUGAUUUUCCCUCGGCGGCGUGGUGCGGCAAGGGGGCUCCCAGUUCAGGUGCGAAAAGUGCGCGUCCCGGUCGUAGUAGGGCUUCGCAUCCCAUUUGCCUGCUGUGUGGCUCGAACGCGUGCAUUUUUACAGUAAAAUAAAACGGAGCAAACUGCAAGAUUUAGUGCAUUUGUGCGUGUGUGUGUGCAGUUUUUCUUAAGCCAGUGUAGUUUUUCCGUGAGGUAAGAAAAACCUGUUCUCAAAAGUGGGUUCAGAGUGCUUGUGUAUGAGUGUGUGUGUGCAGUGUGUUUCUUGUACCUGGGAGGAGGAAGGAAGCGUGAGCGCACGCAGCAUAAGCACAAGCCUCCGGUAGGCUGUGCUUCAUGGGCGCCUCUGUGCAAGCUGGUGUGUGUUAAUGUGUUCUGUGCGCAGUGUUUGUGUUAGUGUGUGUGUGCGUGUGGUAUGAGCCGUUCGCAGCGAUUGGUUUCAAUUUGGCAAGAAGGGAGAAAAAAGUAUGCUGUGGCGCGACAACUGAAAUGAAAUAAUCUCUUCUUCGCGAACGAUCGGGCCCAUCGUACUCUCACCAUCAGUGGACGUGAUAAGGCGCCCGUCUUUCUCUUCCAGACAAACGCUAAAGAAAACAACUAACUACAUUCCGAUGGUAAUGAGCUGAACAUAAUUUAAAAGAAAAAUCAACAUAAACGAAUAGACAUCAAACGGUGCAUCAACUGUGGCUGCACAUUUCAAUGCGAAAUCAAGUGCACUGACCCUGUGGUAAAGUGUGUGUGUGUGUGUAAUUCACCGUUUGCUGUGCAAACGACCACCAACAACAACGUCGCGCAUCGUGUCCUUUUUUGUGUGUCCCCGAAACGAUGAAAGAAUCAUUAUCGCUGCGUGAGAAGAAGGUUAGCAUAAUGUCGAGCGGCAUCGGCGGUGGCGAGACGGGCGAAACCGGCCUAACCGCCGAUAAGAAAUUGAUCCCGAUCACGCAUUUGUCAGCGUGCCAGCAGCAGAAGAAUCCAUUACAACCGAUCGAAAAUACGGCCGUGGAGCAGCAGCAGCAACAACCACAACAGCACCAGCAGCCCAUCAACGGUGCGGCGGCGGUGCUGAUGGCGACAGGGCUUCCACCACCACCACCAUCAUUGUCAGCUGGAAAUGUGGAAGCAGCUAUGUCGAUAUCGACGUCACCAUCAACGCCGGAAAUGACUCGGAUCUGUCUGGUGGGCCCGGUGGCACAGGAUGCGGCCACGCUGGCAGCGGCCCAAAGCCUCAAACUGCCGAUCGUGACUUCCGACACCGGCGCGGAGUACAUCGGGGACGACGACAUCAGCAUCAGCACCGUGUUCGUGCUGAACGACUUCGAAGGCCCGGUUUACGAUGCGAUCUACAAGGCGAAGCAAAGAAUCCUCGGACCACCGGCCUUACAGCAGGCUGUAAGAUUCAGUGAAGGGUUGGUGUGGAACAAUCGCCCGAUCUACAACUACUGCAUGCGCGGCGUCAUCACGUGCUUCACCGGCAUACGCAAGAAGGACGAACUGACACAUCUGGUGCAUUUGAUUCAUUCGAUGGGCGGCUCGAUACGGAAAGGCAUGGACACGAAGGUCACCCAUUUGAUCUGCAACUCUAGCGGAGGCGAAAAGUAUCGGUACGCCAUGACGUUCCGGUUAGCAAUCAUACGCCCGAACUGGGUGCUGGAGGCGUGGAAAAACCGGCACGAUCCUAACUUUUCCGCCACGAUCGAAACGUUCACCAAGCAGCACCGGCUGAAAGCGUUCGAGGGGCAGAAGGUGUGCUUCUUCGGCUUCCCGGAGGAGGAACAGCAGCACAUGAUCGAUGUGCUGCGCACGAACGGUGGCAUCCCGACCGAUCUGGAAGAUCCGGAAUGUUCGCAUGUGGUAAUGCCAAACACGGGCGCACACUUGAUCGAUGCAACCAUGCCGUUGGAGAGUGUUUCGCCGAAGAAACUGGCCACCGUUUCACCACCACCAGCACCAGCACCAGCAGCGGAUUUACCUGGGAGCGAAGAGCCAGAAGCGAGGGAGUCGAAGCAGCAGCAACCGCAGGAGAACAAUGCCGGAAAGGAAGCCACCGUGGCACUACCGUCCCUGCCGGAAGAGAACGAAUCGACGGAAGGAAUGGCAGCAGAGCCGGCAGGAAGCCGCAACGAUCGGAACGGCGAUCACAUGCUGAGCAUUGCGGAAAAUGACAACAAUCAGAAUCAGUUUGCGGAAAGCAGCAUCACCCGCCCGGCGGUACCGUACAUUGAUGAGGGAGCAGUACCGGAACCAAUGCCGGCAGCAGCUACAACAAACACUGCUGCACCAAAGCAGGACGGCAUCGUGCUUACAUCCGGCGAAGCGAACGAAUUUCUCAACCCGAACAAUCUUUCGCCCAUUUUAAAAACCGAACGGGGCGGCGGCAGCAUGGUGGACGAGUCGUUCCGCCGGAUCGUGGAGGAGAAGGACGAGGACGACGAGGACGACGAUACGAUGGACGAUUACGUGAUCGCUAGCCGGGAGGCGUACAAGCGCAAACGGCAGGAGGAUAGCUUCGACGACCCGUCGCUCCUGUCGGUGGACAUUUCGAUCGCAUCGACCGUCGGUGGCGCCACCAAUGGUGGUGGUGGUGGUGGUGGUGCCCUAUUACUGCACGGCGGUUCGGCCAAAAAGCCGAAGCUGACGCGGACGGGCUCGAUUACGCGCGGCAUACGGCGUAGCAUGAGCUUUGCCGCGAUUAAGACGCCGAUCAAGACGAUGCUGCGGUCGCGCCGCAGCUCGGUCGACCCGAACGCGUCGAACGCGUCGAUCAACAACACGAUCGAGGCGACGUUCAACGAGUCGAUCAAGAAGCCGGUGAAGGAGAAGCUGCGCAGCAUCCGGGACAAGAUCACGAAGAGCGGCAAGAAGGACUGCACGCCCAAGACGAUCAAGGGCCGGGGUUUGAUCACGACGGCCAAUCUGGACAGCCUGAAGCAGGUGUGCAACUUCAAGUCGGUGGAUGGCGGGAAGGCGGCCGCGGUAGUGCCGGCCGGACCGCACACGCCCGAGCAGUGCAAGGAUCGGAGCGAGGUGGACUUCAAGACGCCGGUCGCGCCGGUUGCCGCCGCCAGCUUCGGCGGGCUGAACGGUUCCGCUGCGAAGAUGCUGACGCGCAGUCGGGGCAAGAUUGGGAGCUGUUUGGCGAAAGGCGAAGCAACACUGCAGCAACGCCACUCGAUCGCGUCGAUUGGUGGUGCAGGAGCGGAUGGAGAGGAUACGCUGAUGGAGCUGGACGAGGAGGAGACGGCUAAGGCUGCGAAUGCCGUUGCUCCGAUGGCGAUCGACGAGGAGGAGCAGGGAAAGAAUGUCGAUGCCGGCGCCGGCGUUGGUUCGGAAGAUGCAGACAUGAUGCCGGUGGUGGAUGAGCACGUCGUUCAGGCGAAACCGGAAACGAAGAACAAAAACACCCACAUCGUCAAGGCCGACUGGUUCUGGUACACGAUCCAGGCAGGCUAUGCGAACGAGUGCGACUAUCUGUUUGCGGACUAUUUGGAGAGCAUAGCGCACACACCGGUCGUGGAUCGGCGCGAUUCGCUGCCGGUCAGCUUCAACAAGCGCAAACGGAAGCGCCUCUCGCAGCGAACGCCGGCGGACGGUGGUAGCGGCGGGACGCCGCUCGGUGUCGGCAAACGGCGCUCGUCCGUGUCCGAUGCCGGGCUGCUGUCCGUGUCCGGCAGCUUCCUGGACUGCACGGUCAGCCCGGACAAGCAUGAGAGCAGCAAGAAGGGCGCCAUUCCCGAUUCGGCCAAAGCGUCCGCCGACCAGCAGCAGCAGCAGCAGCAGCAGCAGCAAUCGGCCAAAACACAGUCGAUGCGGCACAACCACUUUAUGGACUUUUUCCACACGGAAUCGAACUACGUCGGCAUACUGGACACGAUCGUGAAGCUUUUUAAGGAACCGCUCGAAGAGAUGGUGGAGAAUGAAAAUCGGCUGCUGAACAAAUCGGAACUGCGGUCCAUCUUUGGCAACUUUCUACCGAUCCACGACGUGCACAAGCGGAUGCUGGACCGGCUGAAGGCGAUACACGCCUGCUGGAGCGAGGAGGUGCUGAUCGGGCAGAUCGUGCUGGACCAUCGGGACGAUCUGCUGAAGGCGUACCCGCCGUACGUGAACUUUUUCGAGCAGAUGAAGGAAACGCUCGUCCAGUGCGAUGCGACCAAUCCGCGGUUUCAUGCAUUCCUCAAGAUUAACCAGGCGAAGCCGGAGUGCGGCCGCCAGUCGCUGCAGGAUCUGAUGAUACGGCCGGUGCAGCGAUUGCCCAGCAUCAGCCUGCUGCUUAAUGACAUAUUGAAGCACACCGGCAAAGCGAACCCGGACCACAAAAAGCUGGACGACGCGCUGAAAGCGAUCCGGGAGGUGAUGACGUACAUUAACGAGGAUAAGCGCAAAACGGAGGGACAGAUGGCAAUGUUUGACAUUUUCAACGAUAUCGACAACUGUCCGCCUCAUCUCGUCUCGUCCCAUCGUAGCUUCGUGUCGCGGUGCGAGGUGACGGAGCUGUCGGACAGUCUGAGCGGGCGGGGCGACCCGCUGGUACUGUUUCUGUUCAGCGAUACGCUCGAGGUGUGCAAAAAGCGCUCCCGGGUGUUCAAUAAUGUGAAGUCGCCGAACACGAACAGCCUCAAUCUGACGCGGUCGUCCUGCGCGACGACGAAACCGUACAAGCACGUGAAGCUGAUGCCGCUCAGCACGGUCCAGCUGGUGGUGAACAUCGUGGACAGUCCGCGCGCCUUCAUGCUGAACUGCCGCGAGCUGGCCCAGAACGCGAAGGACCGCCAGUACUCGUUCAACAUUGCGGACGAGGAGCAGGACAAGCUGCUCUACCUGAAGAGCCUGUCGAAGCAGAUGGCGGAGAACGCGUGCCGGACGGAUGCGGGCCACUUUCUGAUCAACAGCACCGCGGACGAGGUGGACAUCGACGUGAGCGACAUUAAUGUGGGCACGCUGUCGAAAGCGUUCAAAAUCGCUUCCAAGACGCGGAUGAAGGUUGGCCGCGUGUUUUCGUUCAACAAAACGCCCUCGAAGCUGAAGCGCACCGUGUCCACGAUGAUGCCGUCGCCGUUUGGCAGUACGCAGUCACUGACGCCCGCCUCCCAGCUGGCACAGAUGAAACUGGCAAGCUGUACGAAUUUAAAUGAGGUUUGUGAGGAAGGAGCCGACUCGAACGGAUCGUCACCCUCGUCCUCCAAGCUGGUGGCGCCGAUGUCCGUGCAGCCGACGCGCAAAAACAAAAAUCCACCCAUAUCCAUUGGCGCCCUUCGACCCCUAUAGAAGGCUGCUGGAUCCGCUUUAAAGCAUCGACACAGAGAGAGAGAGAAGGAGAGUUGGAACGCGAUGGUAUUGUACAGUUGGACAGUUGUGUACCGAUUGUGAUUGCGAGUGCGGUAUUGUUCGAGCGCUGUAAAGCGGUUAAUGCUGCUGAUGCUAUUCGAAAUUUAUGUACAUAUUAUAAUCAACAGAUUAGUAAGUUAUAACAUGAUCGAAUCGAAUUGCGCGCUACCAUGCCAUGCAGAUUUUGGGAAGCAAGAUCGUUGUUUCCCUCUGUUCAAAAUUACGAGCCGUACGAUGUGUGCGUUGUCAAUACUUUUUUUUCUUAAUUGAUUUGUAGUCUUACACUUAUGGUAUCAAUAAUCAUCCUUUAGUUUUAACGCUUGAUGGCAGUUGCAUGGCAGUUUUUCCUUUCACUGUGUCACGCCGGACGCUCGGUCGAUCCGAGUCAAAGGGGAGCCGGUGGGAAGAUUGUGACCGGAUAGAACAAGCGCGCACAACAAACAAACUACUUUUUUAUGUUAAGGUGUUUAAGGGAAGAGUUUUACGGGCAAAGAUUUCAGCACGAACGCGUAAUCGAACGCGUGUGUGCAGGGGUAGCUAGCUAUGCAGCUGUGGGAAGGUUAUAAAGCAAUAUAACAGUUUAAAAAUGGCAAUGGUGUGGUGUCCCUCUCACAGAAUUCCUCUGGUAAGCAGGAAGGUGGUGCAGAUGGGAAAGAGAAAAUAGAAGCGCGCAAGAGUAGAAAGUAUAGUUUGCUUGUUUUUUUUUCCCCGAAGCAAGUGGUGAAUGCAACAAAUGCUAGGACGAAUAGAAAUAAAUAAACCUCUUCGAAGGUUGGGUGGUUUCGUGUACUUUUGGCGAGCGCACCCGCUAACCGUACCCACGAAUGUAUAAGUACCCAUUUUGUAA